CAGCGCCUCUCCUCUGCUCCCUUCCCUCCCACCGGAGCUGACUUGGCACUUGGCGUGGGAGCACCUGGGUGAGCAGUGCCAGACAUCCUUGGGAUGAAGCCCCCAGUCCUGUUCGUCCUGCUCCUCUGGCUCCCGGGCUUUCUGGCUGAGGAAGACCCAUGCCACGUCUUGGAAGGGAGCCCAGAUGGGGAGGGUAGAGGUCCACCCCUGAGCGUGAACAUCAGCAGUCAGGGCAGCCCUCCCAGCCUCCUUCUGAGCUGGGCGCCUACCCAGCCAGGUGGGCUUGGGCAUGUUCUCCACCUCACAAGCCUGAGCUCUCCUGAUGGGCAGCAGCUCCAGGCCCACACCAAUGAAUCCAGCUUUGAGUUCCAGAACCUGGUGCCAGGGAGUCUCUACCAGCUGGAAGUGACUGCCCUGCAACCCUGUGGAAAGAAUGUCACCAUCACCCUCAUAGCCCGCACUGCCCCAUCAAUUGUCCAUGGACUGCAGCUCCAUGGCUCUGGGAGCCCAGCCAGCCUGGAGGCCUCGUGGGAAGAUGCCCCGGGGGAGCAGGAUGGUUAUCAACUUCUCCUCUACCACCUGGAAUCCCGUACAGUGGCACAUAAUGUCUCUGUGUCCCCGGAAACCUCGUCCUACAAUUUUGGCAACCUCUCGCCAGGUAGCGAGUAUGUUUUGGAGGUUACCACCUGGGCUGGCAAUCUCCAAGCGAAGACCAGCAUGCACCAGUGGACAGAACCCGUGCCUCCAGGUCACCUGGUGCUGCAUGCCCUGGACACCUGUGCCCUGCAAGCCUCCUGGAACAGCUCCGAGGGGGCUGCCUGGCUCCACCUAGUGCUCAAAGACCUCCUAGGUGGCUCCAAUCUGACUGUAGAGGUCACACGUGGUGUCUCCAAUCACACCUUCCUCCACCUGUCUCCGGGCACAGCCUAUGAAUUGACACUUAGUGCUGCUGCUGGGCCUCAUCAGGCCAUGGGGCCCAGUGCCACUGAGUGCACCUAUCCCUCUGCCCCACUGGACCUGGUGCUGACUCCUGUGCCUCCCCAGCUCUGGGCAAGCUGGAAGGCAGGGCUGGGAGCCCGGGAUGGCUAUGUGCUGAAGUUAAGCGGGCCAGUGGAAAAGAAUACCUCUCUGGGCUCUGAGGCCUGCAAUGCUAUAUUCCCAGGGCCCCUCCCCUCAGGACACUAUGCUCUAGAGCUGAAGGUUCUGGCUGGGCCCUAUGAUGCCUGGGCCCAGGCCAGUGCCUGGCUUGAUGAUUCUACAGGCCAGCCCAGGAAGGACCAUGGGGCCAAGUUGCAGCUGGAAGGGUUGGAAGCCAGCAGGGAGCCUGGGCGGCGGGCACUGCUCUAUGCCAAUGAUGCCCCAGGCCUCCUAGGAAACAUCUCCGUGCCCUCUGGUGCCACCCAGGUCACCUUCUGUGGCCUGGUCCCUGGAGCACAGUACCGUGUGGAUAUUGCCUCAUCCCUGGGAGUCAUCACCCAGAGCCUCAUGGGCCGCACAAGUCCCCUGACACCACAGUCACUGGAGGUCAUCAGCAAGAACAGCCCAUCUGACCUGACUAUUGGCUGGGCCUUGGCACCAGGGCAGCGGGAUGGCUACAAGGUCACUUGGCACCAGGAGGGCAGCCAGAGGUCACUGGGAAACCUUGAUUUGGGCCCAGAUAAUUCCAGUGUGACUCUCAAGGGUCUGGUCCCUGGCUUCUGCUACGCAGUGUCAGUAUGGGCCUGGGCAGGGAACGUCAGCUCCAGCGUCCAAAGGAUUCACUCCUGUACCCUCCCUGUUCCUCCUGCCAACUUGAACCUGGGCUUUGCUGCCCAGCCUCCGGCUCUGAGGGCUUCUUGGAGUCCCCCACCAGGUGGCAGGGAUGGCUUCCGGCUGCGGCUUUACAGCCUGGGGCCCCUAGCUCUGAAAAGUGAGGAAACCCUGGCCCCAGAGGCCCAGAACUUCUCCUGGGCCCAGCUGUCCCCAGGCUCCAAGUUCCUGGUGCAGGUGGCCACCCUGCAUGGUCCAGAGGAGAGCAGCAGUGCCAAUGCCACAGCAUGGACCCCUCCUCUUGCCCCUCUUCUGGUCAACGUGACCAGUGAAGGCCCCACCAAGCUCCAGGCAUCCUGGGUCCAUGCUUCUGGGAACUGGGACAGCUACCAAGUGACUGUGUACCAAGGAGGUACCCGUGUAGCCACUGGCUUCGUGGGAGCUGAGGUGAACAGCACAAGCCUCUCAUCUCUGACUCCAGGCACUAAGUACGAGGUGGAGAUUGCCUCACGGGCUGGGCCUCUUCGCACCGCAGCAGCCAAUGUCUCUGGUUGGACCUCCCCGCUCAUGCCCAGUGAGUUGUUGGUGUCCAUGCAGGCGGGCAGUGCUGUGGUCAACCUGGCCUGGGUCAGCAGCCCCUUGGGGCAGGGAACCUGCCAUGCCCAACUCUCAGAAGCUGGGCACCUCUCCUGGAAGGAGCCCCUGGAACUAGGCCAAGCCCGCCUCAUGCUGAGGGGUCUCACCCCGGGACGCAACCUCUCCCUGUCAGUGCUGUGCCAGGCGGGGCCUCUCCAGGCCUCCACUCACCCUGUGGUACUGCCAGUUGAGCCUGGCCCUGUGGAGGACGUGAGGUGCCAGACUGAGGCUGCCCACCUGGUCCUGAACUGGACGGUGCCUGCUGGGGACGUGGACGCCUGUCUGGUGGUGGCGGAGCAGCUGGCUGCGGGAGGGAGCGCUCACCUCGUGUUCCAGGCCAACACCUCCGAGGACGCGCUGCUGUUGCCCCGCCUGGAGCCUGCCACUUCCUACCGCCUCAGCCUCACCACGCUGGGCAGGAACGGGCUGUGGAGUCGGACGGUCACCCUGGUGUGUGCCACUUCUGCGGAGGUCUGGCAUCCCCCAGAGUUGGCUGUGGCCCCCAAGCUGGAGCCUGAGUCAGGAAUGGGGGUGAAGAUCACACCAGGCAUGUUUGGCAAGGAUGAUGGACAGAUUCAGUGGUAUGGUGUCGUUGCCACCACCAACAUGUCACUGGCCCGCCCUCCCCAGGAAGCCAUCAACCACACGUGGUACGACCACUACUACAGAGGAUACGACUCCUACCUGGCCAUCUUGCUCCCCAACCCCUUCUACCCAGGACCCUGGGCUGUGCCGAGCUCCUGGACAGUGCCCAUGGGUACAGAGGACUGUGGCCAGACCCAGGAGAUAUGUAAUGGGCCACUCAAACCAAGCUCCCAGUACAGGUUCAGUAUUGCUGCCUUUACCAGGUUCGGCCCUCAGGACACCACUAUCUCCUUCUCAGCCUUCUCAGAGCCCCGGGCCAGCAUCUCCCCAAUGAAAGUGCCCUUGCUAGUCAUGGUGGGCACGGUGGUGGGCUGUGCUCUCACUAUCUGUGCUGUGCUGGGCCUGCUGUGCCGGCGGCGGGCGAAGGGGCAGAGGGCAGAGAAGGAUGGGUUUUCCCAUGAGCUGAUGCCCUACAGCCUACGGCGGACCCACCGGCCCAUCCCUAUCCACAGCUUCCGCCAGAGCUUUGAGGCCAAGAGUGCCCAUGCACACGAGGCUUUCUUUCAGGAGUUUGAGGAGCUGAAGGAGGUGGGCAGGGAGCAGCCCAGACUGGAGGCUGAACACCCUGCCAACACCACCAAGAACCGUUACCCGCAUGUGCUCCCAUAUGACCACUCCAGAGUCAGGCUGACCCCACUGGAAGGAGAGCCCCAUUCCGACUAUAUCAAUGCCAACUUCAUCCCAGGCUACACCCACCCGCAAGAAUUCAUCGCCACCCAGGGACCGCUCAAGAAAACGCUGGAGGACUUUUGGCGACUGGUGUGGGAGCAGCAUGUCCACAUCAUUGUCAUGCUGACCGUGGGCAUGGAGAACGGGAGGGUGCUGUGUGAACACUACUGGCCAGCCAACUCCAGCCCUGUUACCCAUGGUCACAUUACCAUCCACCUCCUGGCUGAGGAGUCCGAGCAUGAGUGGACCAAGAGGGAAUUCCAACUGCAGCAUGAAAUCCAGCAAAAACAACGGAGGGUCAAGCAGAUGCAGUUCACCACCUGGCCUGACCACAGCAUCCCCGAGGCCCCCGGCUCCCUGCUCACCUUCGUGGAACUGGUUCGGGAGCAGGCAAGGGUCACCCAGGGCACGGGGCCCAUCCUGGUACACUGCAGUGCGGGUGUGGGCCGGACAGGCACCUUCGUGGCCCUGUCAAGGCUGCUGCAGCAGCUGGAGGAGGAGCAGAUGGUAGACGUGUUCAAUGCUGUGUACGCGCUGCGGCUGCACCGGCCCCUCAUGAUCCAGACCCCGAGCCAGUACAUCUUCCUGCACAGUUGCAUCAUGGACAGGAUUCUGGAAGGACCCUCUGACACCUCUGAGUGCAGGCCUAUCUCAGUGAGGAACUUUGCCCAGGCAUUUGCCCGGAGGGCGGCCAAUGGCAAUGCUGGCUUCUUGAAAGAGUACCAGCUCCUCCUGCAGGCCAUUAAGGAUGAGGCCAGCUCUUCAACCUCCCCUCCUGGCUACCAGCAGGACAGCACUGUCUCCUAUGAUCGUUCUCAGGUGCAGUUUUCUCUGGUGGAGGAAAGCCCUUCUGACGACAUGCCGGAAGCCUGGCUCUUCCCUGGUGGGCCUUCUGGCUGUGACCACGUGGUGCUGACAGGCCCUGCGGGGCCAGAGGAACUCUGGGAUCUGGUGUGGGAGCAUGGGGCCCUUGUGCUGGUCUCCCUGUGCUCAUCUGAGACCCAGGAGAAGGAAUUCUGGCCAUCGGAGAAGCAGCCCAUCAUUACAGACAUGGUGACAGUGCACUGGGUGGCCGAGAGCAACACAGCUGGCUGGCCCUGUACUCUCUUCAGGGUUACACAUGGGGAGAGCAGGAAGGAGAGGCAGGUGCAGCAGCUGCAGCUACCAUGCUGGGAGCCUGGCCACGAGCUGCCCGCCACCACCCUGCUGCCCUUCCUGGCCGCCGUGGGUCAGUGCUGCUCCCGGGGCAAAAGCAAGAAGCCGAGCACACUGCUCAGCCACUCCAGCAAGGGCAUGACCCAGCUGGGCAUCUUCCUGGCCAUGGAGCAGUUACUGCAGCAGGCAGAGACUGAAAGCACGGUGGAUGUUUUUAACGUGGCCCUGCAGCAGUCACAGGCCUGUGGGCUCAUGACCCCAACACUGGAGCAGUAUAUCUACCUCUACAACUGUCUGAAUAGCGCACUGAUGAAUGGGAUGACCUGA